GCAGACUUUGCUGCUGGUAAAGUAACUCACUUUAUUGAUGAACUGUAUUUUAUUUGAAUUUUAAACAUUUAGGAAGAGGUGUGUAUCCAUAUCAAUAAACCUUUGUAUUUAUUUUAUAAAGGUGCCAUGGAGAACUGGGGCCUUGUUACUUAUAGGGAGACUGCAUUGCUCAUUGACCCCAAAAAUUCCUGUUCUUCGUCUCGCCAGUGGGUCGCUCUGGUUGUAGGACACGAACUUGCUCAUCAGUGGUUUGGAAACCUUGUGACCAUGGAAUGGUGGACCCAUCUCUGGCUGAAUGAAGGAUUUGCCUCCUGGAUUGAGUACCUGUGUGUAGAUCACUGUUUCCCAGAGUACGAUAUCUGGACUCAGUUUGUUUCUGCUGACUACACACGAGCUCAAGAGCUUGAUGCCUUAGACAACAGUCACCCUAUUGAAGUUAGUGUUGGCCAUCCAUCUGAAGUCGAUGAAAUAUUCGAUGCUAUUUCUUACAGCAAGGGAGCAUCCGUGAUCCGAAUGCUGCACGACUACAUUGGUGACGAGGACUUUCGGAAAGGAAUGAAUUUAUAUUUAACGAAGUUCCAGGAGAAGAAUGCGGCUACAGAGGACCUCUGGGAAAGCCUGGAGAAAGCUAGUGGUAAACCUAUUGCUGCUGUGAUGAACACAUGGACCAAACAAAUGGGAUUUCCACUCAUUUAUGUGGAAGCUGAACAGCAAGAAGAAGACAAAGUGUUGAAGUUAGUCCAGAAGAAAUUCUGUGCCAGUGGACCAUAUACUGGGGAGGAUUUCCCCACGUGGAUGGUCCCCAUAAGCAUUUGUACAAGUGAUGACCCCACCUGUGCCAAAAUGCAAAUAUUGAUGGACAAACCAGAGCUCACCUUGGUUUUGAAAGACAUCAAACCAGACCAGUGGGUGAAGUUAAACCUUGGAACAGUAGGGUUUUACCGUACCCAGUAUAGCCCUGACAUGCUGGAGAGUUUAAUACCAGCGAUCAAAGACCUCUCCCUACCCCCUGUGGACAGGCUUGGCCUGCAGAAUGAUCUCUUCUCUCUGGCCCGAGCUGGAAUCAUUAGCACUGUAGAGGUUCUAAAAGUCAUGGAAGCUUUUGUGAAUGAGCCCAAUUACACUGUGUGGAGCGACCUCAGCUGUAACCUGGGGAUCCUCUCGACUCUCCUGUCCCACACAGACUUCUAUGAGGAAAUCCAGGUGUUCGUGAAAGAUGUCUUCUCACCCAUAGGGGAGAGACUGGGAUGGGACCCCAAACCUGGAGAGGGUCAUCUAGAUGCUCUUCUGAGAGGUCUGGUCUUGGGCAAACUAGGAAAGGCUGGGCACAAGGCAACAUUAGAAGAAGCCCGACGCCGAUUUAAGGACCAUGUGGAAGGCAAACACGUGCUGUCAGCUGAUCUGAGGAGUCCUGUAUAUGUAACUGUGUUGAAGCAUGGAGAUAGUACUACUUUAGACACUAUGCUGAAGCUUCACAAGCAAGCAGACAUGCAGGAGGAGAAGAACCGAAUUGAACGAGUUCUUGGAGCCAUCUCUCAACCAGAACUGAUUCAAAAAGUUCUCACCUUUGCACUUUCAGAAGAGGUACGUCCCCAGGACACGGUAUCUGUUAUUGGUGGAGUAGCUGGAGGCAGCAAGCAGGGCAGGAAAGCUGCUUGGAAAUUCGUAAGGGACAAUUGGGAGGAACUUUAUAAUCGAUACCAAGGUGGAUUCUUAAUAUCCAGAUUAAUAAAGCUAACAGUGGAUGGAUUUGCAAAUGAUAAAAUGGCCGCAGAAGUUAAGGGACUCAAACCAGGAAAGAAAAGUGAGGUUAUUCUAAGCCUGAACAUCACCAAAGUACUUGGAAACCAUUCCUCCUCAGCAAGGAAGACCAGAGGAAGGACCACGCCUGGUGCAUGUGUUGUCCUUCCAGUGCACGUGCUCAUCCCUCUCAAUAAUCUUAUUCUGGAUUCCUGUGUUAAUUUCUUAAACCUGGUGUCAUCUAAACUCUGCUUGAUUGAUGGUGGUUCCUUAGCAGCUUCUGCUGAACUCCAAGCUCUGGAUAUAUACAAAAUCACGGAGUUUCUGUCCCUUGGAAUUCGUGUAGAAUUCUCUAAGAAACCUGAAGACUCCUCCACUGGUGCAGGUUCACCAGGGAGCAGCACCACGUGCCAUGGUCACACUGUCCGUGCCUCCGUGUCCCUUCGCUCCCUUCUUAUCUCGGAGAUCAGGGAAUGGAUUGAGAGCAGCCCUGAGGAGAAGGACUUGGGAGUGCCGGUGGAUGGGAAGCUCACCAGGAGCCGGCACC